AUGGCGAAAAGUACAAAGAAUGCCACGUCGUCUGCGGAGGUCGAAGAAGUGACAGGGCCGUCUGCGGCUGCGCCAGUUAAAAGGCAGUUGAAAACAACACAGACUCAAACUGUUUUUGCGUUAGACGACAACAAAAAUCUCGCACUUAAUCAGCAUUAUCUCUCGCGCGCCAAAAUGCCUUGCCGCACCAAAUCAGGCACCAGAAAAGCCUCCUCCCAAAAUGCAAAGAAGCCAUCGACGAGGAAAACUGCCAAGGCUGCCAGCAAAUCGGUCGAUACCAAGGAGAAUCGUUACAUCACAGACUUCUUUCCCACCGUUUCUAGACGCGUCUUGGCGGCCCAGCUGAAGCUUGAUAAUGAAAACAAACUAAUUCGCCACUGUGUAGAAUCUUGCACUGAUCCUGAAGACAAUCUGAUGGUCACUGAGUUUGAAAGCAAAGGCAAAGGCAUCGUGGCGAGGGUGCCCAUAAAGAAGGAUUCUUUCAUUUGCGAGUACAGUGGUGAUUUAAUCAAGUUGGAGGAUGCAGAGAAACGCGAACGAGAAUACGAAGCAAGCGGAGAAGGCUGCUACAUGUACUACUUCACCUGGAAUUCAGUUGUGUGGUGCGUUGAUGCUACAAAGCCUUCCGGUCGCCUUGGACGACUGAUAAACCAUAGCCGAAAGGCACCCAACUGCAAAACCAAAGUAUAUGAACACAACAAAACGCCUCAUUUAAUUUUCAUUGCCUUACGUGACAUUGACGUCGACGAAGAGGUGCUUUACGAUUACGGAGAAAGAGAUCCCAAUGCGAUUCGAUCGAAUCCCUGGCUCACAUCUACUUAG